UCUCAUCUUCGAACACUGUCUCCAUCGCAUCUCGUUCAGCUCAUCUGCUGAGUCCACUCGUUUUGACCACCACACAGACCACCUGCUUGACGCGUCGAUUUUGUCACCUCAACAAACCACAACACACAGUCAUACACCAUGUACUCAUCCUCCCAGGCGGUCAUCUCUGCGAUCAUCCUCGCUGCCCUCGCCAACGGUAUCUCGGUCAACUCUCCCAAUGCAUACUCCGAAUGGCAAUCGGGCACCUCAUCUCAGACCGUGACUUGGACUGCAGUCUCCACAGACCCUAGCAGCUUUUUGAUCCAGCUCGUCAACCAGCAAGGCUUCUUGCCCAACGGUCCCGUGACACUCUCCAGCUCAACAAACACUGGAAGCCCGAACCAACAAAACUCAGCCACCGUCUCGUACCCAUCUGGAUCAUGGCCAGAGGGACACGGAUUCCAGAUCAACCUCAUGUCAUCUGAUCAAAACAAUGCCGCCAUUCUGGCUCAGUCAAAUCAAUUCAACAUCACGUCUGGAGGAAGCAGCAGCAACAGUAACAGUGUCUCUGUAGCCAAUGCCGUUCCUUCCAGCUCGAGCGGCGUACCCCCCAUCACCUUGACAAACGGUGCCGCGGUCCAGACGACUGGUACUUCUCAGAGCACUCUCACUAGCCUGCCCGCUGGAUACACCGGAGACGCAACUGGAGGAAUUCCCAAUGCUGUCACCUCAACCAAAGGUGCUGCCCCUAGCCAGUUCGGCAAACCCGGCCCAUUCAUCGGCUUCCUCAUCGCUGCCGCUGGUGUCUUCGGCGUCAUGAUAUAAGACUGUGUCUGCCUGAUCUCGUCGACUUCUACCCGUAUCCGAGGCUCAGUCGCACAACAUAGCUGUCCUCACCCUUGAUAGACUCACGGACAAUGUCUUGCCAUGCAUCUACUCAAAGCCA